UGUCAAUCGCACUUUAAUUUUUUUCAAACGACUUUACAAUUCUACUCGAUUUAAAACUUCACCAUUAUCACACAUUUUCAUCUUCUAAAUACGUACAAAACGUUGUAAUUUGUCUUGGCAGGAACUGUGAGAACAAUUCGAAUUUGAAUAAUGUUCUCUUCAUUGUUCUAUUGUUAGCUCUAUUAUUUAACAGUCCUUAUUGAUCAAACACCUCAAGUACGACACGAUCGCCAUAGCACCAAGCUUGUUUACUUAGUUACAAUUAAUUAUUGGCAAGUGAUCCCAGUUUGUCAAAAAUGGUAAUUUUGCAUGUGAAACACAACGACCAGAGCCAGUUUCUUUAUGAAACUACGCUCAAUACCCCUGUUGAAGACGUUGCCACAAAAAUAACAGCGGUAUACAAUGGGCGGUUAAAAGUGAAUCGAAUUUGUUCCGAAAUGGAAGAGUUAGCCAAACAUGGAACGCUGUAUCCUCCGGAAAUUUUGGGACUGACCCCGGAACAGGUCGAAGAAUUAAAACUGACGGAUCCUUGGGGCGAAAAGUGCAUCCCUAGUGGGGGGUUUACAAUGAAUAAGGACCCCAUUGGGCGCCGAAAUGGCAAACAACCCCGAAAAGAAAUGCAAGACGUUUUGAAUAAAGCAAUAAAGGAUGCCAAAGAUAUGAUUUCGAAAAAUUUGGUUUUGCAGAAUAAAUGUUUGGAUAUGAAGGUGGUAAAAGAAGCAAUUAAUAUUCUGAAAGGGGCGACACUUAUUGUCUAUCCCAUGAAAUUGCCUCCUCAUGACGUAAUUCGCAUGGAAUUUGAAAACAUUGAAGAUCUGUCCGGAACACAAGCGUCUCUUGAAGUUAUCGAUCCAGCGACUGCCCAACUGUGGUUCUGUGGGAAGGAAAUGUACCGAGAUGGGAAAAUGUUGGGGGAUUAUGUUGGAAAAAUUGAAAAGUGCAAGGUUAUUGUUAAAUUGACAAAACGGGGUCAAGGGCCUCCGGCAAGAGAGCCAAUUAUGUCGGAAGAGCAAAGAAAGGAAUUUAUGAUGCACGCGUAUCGAAGACAGGAAGAACUGAAAAAACUGGAAGCGGAUGACGACGAUAAUUAUUUUAAUUCGGAGUGGUCCGACAGCAGCAAUUUGAAGAAAACGUUUCAUGGCCUUCGAAAUAUCUCCUGGAGGCCCGGGAAAUAAUCAAUAACAAACUGUUACUUAAAUAAAUAUCUCUUUAUUAAAUCAUACAUUUAAAA